GUUGUGGGUUCAGCAGCAGGGAGUUGAGUUGAGAAAGGCUCUGUGUAUCAGUAUGUACACAAUGACACCCUUUCAUAUUUGUUCUGUUUGAAUGUGAUUGUUGUGUAUUAAAGGCUGUGCUACGCAUGGGCCAAACUUGUUGGCUGAGGGUGUGGUAGAUUUUCAUUUUCUGUUUCACAAUAGAUCUAUUCUCCACUGUGUGUGUGCAUCUAUAUUAUAGCAAAGCUGAGGAAAGUGGGGACAUGAACACGGCAGCCAGACAAUCCAGCCUACUGUAGUACAGUCAGCACUAUACUGAAGGCAUAGAAAGCUGCAACAGGGAGCACGAGGGAGUGUGAAGUGAGAGGAAAAGUUGGGAGGGAGCUGGCAGUGUGUCAGACUCUUGAGCUCUGCUCGGUGCAGAGCUGACGCACUAAGGCCCGGCGAGAGAGGAGGGGAGGGGAGGGGCGACAGAGACAGACAGCAGUGGCCAGAUGGAGCCUAGUUUGUUUUGAAGUAGCUGCUGCUGAGAGCAGCACAGUCUGCCGGCACUAGUGAGGGAAAUAGCUCAUUACACCCAGUCUGGACAGCCACACACCACUGUUUUCUGCUUAUGUGGACAGAUCUCCUGCUCUGUUGUAACUGUGCUGCUCAGUGUGGAGUCACUCUAUGCAGCUCAAGGUCAGGAAGAUCCAGCAGCAGCCUCAGGGAUCUGUCCCUUCUGGAUCUUGGGACCUGCAGAGGCAGGUCGGCACAAGUUCCCCUGUUGUAGCUCCCAUCCUCGAUUAUAGGGACACUAUGCAGGGCUGUAGGACUGUGAAGAGGAUGUAAGGCCUGGACUACCAUCAGCGUCUGUCCUCCCCGCCUGAUCCUGUGUCGGAGACGAAGGGAAUGGGCCCGGCCUCACUGCAGGAGGAGAGAGAGCCGGAGAAAGAGUCCAGGGGGGAGAUGGAGGGCUACCGCUGCCUUCUGCAGGCCGGCUCCCAGCUGGAGAGCACUCUGCAGCAGGUGACUGUCCCUGUCAGCCUGAAGGAGGUGGGAGGCUACAUAGAGAAACAGGUGGCAUACCUGUCAGGGGGCCGUGGGGAAGACUCCAGCGUCAUCAUCACCCUCCCAGAGUGCUCUGCCUUCAGUGACAUCCCAGAGGAAGCUUUAGCCAAAGUCUUUACAUACCUCACUCUCAUCCCUCGAACGAGGCAACCCGGAGUCAAAUUUAUCAUCAUUUUAGACCGAAGACUGGACACAUGGGCCUCUAUCAAAACUGCACUUGCCAGGAUUGCAGCCUCCUUUCCCGGGAACCUCCACCUGGUCUUGGUGCUCCGACCCACCAGCUUCUUCCACCGCACUGUCACUGAUAUUGGCUUUCGCUUCAGCCAAGAGGACUUCAUGCUCAAGAUGCCAGUGGUGAUGCUGAGCUCUGUCACAGACCUGCUGCGCUACAUCGAUGAAAACCAGCUGACUUCAGAGUUUGGAGGCACUUUGGAUUAUUGUCAUAGCGACUGGAUUGUUUUACGAACAGCCAUUGAAAGUUUUGCUGUCACAGUCAAAGACAUUGCACAAAUGCUACAGGGCUUUGGCACCGAGCUGGCAGAGACGGAGCUGUCUGAUGAGGGGAAAACCAUUGAGUAUCUCCUUGAGUCUCAUACUGACAAGUACAGGAAACUCAAGGAUGCGAUCCGGUCAGUGUCAAAGGAAGGUCGUCAUCUUCUCGCAAGCCUGGAGACCUCCGGGAAGGAGGAUGACUCCCAGUGGGAUGUGAGGCUGGACUGGGAGACAGUACAGCGGCUCCUUGCUCAGCUCAGAGACAUGGAGUCCGCCUUCGAUGGCUUCUUUGAGAAGCAUCAUCUGAAACUCCAUCAGUACCUGCAGCUGCUCAGAUAUGAACAAAGUUUUCAGGAGAUGGAGCUAUGUCUGGAGCAUCUGGUGGGUCAGGAGAGGGAGCUGUCCAUAUCUGUCGACACUCUGGCUACAACAGAACAGGCUCUCAAAAGGUUGGACGGUCUGCAAUCAAAUGCACAGGAGGUGAUGUCUCGAGCUCAGAUCAUCAUCCUUCAUGGACACCAGCUAUCAGCCGGUCACCACUAUGCCAUGGCUCUUAUUAUGCAGCGCUGCAACGAGCUCCGCCACUACUGUGAUACACUCAAUGCUGCUCUCAAGACCAAACAAACUCGUCUUCUGCAAACACACCAGCUGCUACUUUGUCUUGGACAGGCCCAAACUUGGUGCGAUGAUGGAGCGUAUCUGCUGGCUAAUCAGCUGGUAGAUAAGUACCAGUCAAAGGAGGGGGCCCAGGCUGCUUUGAGGGACAUUGAGAGGUUCCUGGAGGGGGCGCCGUCUAUGUUGAGCUCAGGACCUGACAUCCUGGCCAUCGAGUACGAGGCUGUCAUCACACCUCAGCUGCAGGCCCAGAUUGGGAAAACGUUUGAGAAGCAUGCAGCGGUGCAGCAGAUGAUCCAGAGCCGACAGGCUUGUCUGAGGAAGCUGGCUGAUAAACAUGUGCGACCGGUGCAACUGGUGGCCCCCAGGCCGGAAAACACACCACGCAACAAGUCCCCGCUCUUCUCCCCAAAACAUGGUGAUGGUUUGAAGUUCACAUUCGACAUCUCUCUGCCUGGGAAGAGAGCAUCCCGAAAGAGCCCCAACUCUAGAAAAAUAGAGGUGAUCCACGACUACCAGGAGAGCCGGAGCUGCGUGGCGUACGGUCUGGAUGGAGAGGACAACCCAGAUCUGUUGAAGCGUCAUGUGAUGAGGGAAUUAAUAGAGACAGAAAGAAUCUAUGUGGAAGAGCUGCUGUCAGUGCUGCUGGGUUACAGAGCUGAAAUGGAUAACCCAGCUCUGUCAGGGCUUAUGCCCCCGAUCCUGCGCAGCAAGAGAGACAUCCUCUUUGGAAACAUGCCUGAGAUCUACAACUUUCACAGCAGGGUUUUCCUUCAGGACCUGGAGGGAUGCCUGGAGGCUCCUGAAAGUGUAGGAGCCUGUUUUCUGGAGCGGAAAGAGAGUUUCCAAAUGUAUGAGUGCUACUGUCAGAAUAAGCCACGCUCGGAGGCGCUGUGGAGACAAUUCUCAGACUGUGGCUUCUUUCAGGAGUGCCAAAAAAAGCUGGAGCACAAACUGGGCCUGGAGACCUACCUGUUGAAACCAGUCCAACGCCUCACCAAAUACCAGCUGCUGCUUAAGGAACUUCUGAAAUUCAGUACAGACGGAGAAGGGACUUCAGAACUUCAGGAGGCACUAACAGCAAUGCUGGACCUGCUGAAAUCAGUCAAUGACUCCAUGCAUCAGAUAUCCAUCACAGGAUAUGAGGGUGACAUUUGCGAGCUGGGCCGCGUGUUGAUGCAGGGUUCUUUCAGUGUGUGGAUCAGCCAUAAGAAAGGUCCCACACGCAUGAAGGAGCUGGCUCGCUUCAAGCCCAUGCAGAGACACCUCUUUCUGUACGAGAGAGCUCUGCUCUUCUGCAAGCGGAGGGAGGAGCACGGAGACGGCGUCGACAAGACACCCUCGUACAGCUUCAAGCACUGUCUCAAGAUGACUGCUGUGGGGAUCACAGAGAACGUCAAGGGAGAUGUGAAGAAGUUUGAGAUCUGGUACAGUGGCAGGGAAGAAGUGUACGUGGUUCAGGCUCCUACACUGGAGGUGAAGAUGGCCUGGCUCAAUGAGCUUCGCAGAAUCCUGACCAACCAACAGAAGCUGCUAAGAGAUGAAGCAUAUCAACAUGGCCACAUGCAGCUAUCUCCACCACUCUCUGAGAGCAAGCAGCAGAGGGCGUCAGUGAGCUCAGGUGAGGACACUGAGUCGGGGAGAAGCAGUCCAGACCCCCAGCCUCACUCCCCUAAACAUCAGCACAACCGCAAGAGUUGGCCCGGAGCUCAUCACUCGGUAGACAUCUGCGAGGAUCUGGAGGAGUGGUCUGGAGGUCGGGACGCCUUCCACCCAUCUGACACAGAAGAGGAGGUUUUGGUGCAACUGUCUCCAGGCAGAUACAGGGCUUUGGCUGACUGUCUUCAAAAUGGACCAGACAGCAUCAUCAUCAAAUGUGGAGACGUCAUCCAACUGCAAUGUGAAGACAACAAGGGACGCUGGCUGGUGAAAAACCUGAGUCGGCGACAGGAGGGCUUCAUAGCAGCUGCCAGCCUGCAGCUGAUUCUAGUAGACAGCAGUAGAGGACACUCCUCCAGACUAGGGGUCUGUAUAUUUUCUUGUAGACCCAGGGAACCCGAAGGCGAGAAAGCUCAGCACCCCAUAGAGAAGAAAGCACAGAAUGUGAAUCAAAUAUAUACCUGUGGAUGAUGAACAGACAGAAGUAACAGGUUGAGCCAUAGCUGACUCAUAACUGAUCAGCCACCCACUCCUCACUCCCCAGUGACGUCCGCUUUCUCCCGCACAGUUCAAUCAUGAAAGAGAAAAAUGUGGGAAUCAACAGACCUGAUUUUCUUCCAGGUUGUGAUUGAUCUCCUGGGCUAGUAUUUUCUGAUAUUGAAGGUGUGCUGCGGCAUCAGUGCAAAGGCUCAGGAACUGUUUAGCCCUCUUGGACAAUCAACAGCUGAUUCUUGGAUCCGGGUUGGUCGUCGUCUUCUGAUCGGUGAGGAGAGUCUUCCAUCUGUAACACACAUUAAGUCAGGAUGUGAGGUUGCUGCUGUAGCAAGUUGUCAUUUCACAAUCAGUGGACUCUGAAACACGUUUCCUCCUUAUUCCAGCUAGUAUUGGAGAUUUUAGUAUCUCCGUUUGUGUGUUCCCGUUUGUCUCGGUGUGUGCUGGAUGGAUGGAUGGUAACCCAGGAUUUGCCUGAAACAUUUCUUAUAGCAUAGACUUUUGUACAUAUACAUCAUUUUUAACAUUUACUGUACCUCAGUGUUUCAUCUUUGUGUAGUUAGUUGAUAUUUGUCCAUUGAAUUACUUCAUUGUAUUUUUCUUACAUGUCAUUCCUUAAGGCACCACUCUUCUGUACAGUCUAGGAGUUAGAAUGCCAAAAUGUGCCAUGCCAUAAUGCCUUUUUUAUUCCUGCUCUUUUGGAGUCUCUUGUAUGUACUGUUUGCAAAAAUCAAAUACUCUGUUAUUGCUUUAACCUGACCUCACAAUUAUUCAACAGGCACUUUAAUAAGGUGGACGGACAGCAGAGACAAAACAAAUCCACCCAUUGUCUACUGAAUGUGUGCUUUUCCUGCAGCUUUACCUCUCUCACUGUGUAUUUCCUCUUAGUGAUGCUGUUAUUUCCUUUGUUUAUUCUUGAAUGCAUGAUAUGUUAAUGAGUCAGGAGAGACAUACCCCCUGCAUGCAGGCAGGAGGUGACAUGUCAGUGAUGGUAUUGUAAGACACAAGCGGACAUGAUGAAGAUUAACGGCAAUGUAUUCCCUCAGUGUGUGCUGCAGAGCGCAGUGUGGAGAAGGGAGAGCGAGGCGGAGUAGAAGAAACAGAGAAAGAGAUUAUGCUCCGUGUAACCCUCCAUCACAGAGCCAGAUUGUUUCCUCCUCACCAUUACAGCUCAGUUAAUCUCGGGUUCCCCAUUAAAAGGGAUCAUACAGCCAACAUGAAAUAUACCCUCUGUGUCGAACGCUUAAUUAAAUAUUGAUUGCAGACUUAUAUGAAUUUACCACAUCAAAUCGAGGCCCCAGUCAGAGGGCUGCCUUUGAUUCACUGUUUGAUAUGGAAAUGAGUCUAGAAAGCGGCAGGGGCGGCUCCGCACUACACAUUUCCUGUGUUGUUAAUUUAUUUAUUUUGCUGUCAUGUUGUUCCUUCAUAUUGUGAGGUAUCUGUGCAGCUCCGAAUGAAAUUACAUCUCCAUAUAUUUACAGGAGCUACGCUUGACUGCACUAUUAAAAAAAAAAAAACAUUUUAUUUGAGCUUAUAUGACAAAAUCAGAUGGUUUCUUUGUAACUUUAAUCCAAAAUGCUGCAGAUUUUGCACAGAUUUUCCAGAUUGGAAAACAAAACAAAAAAUAAACCUGCUAGAAAUAUUAUGUAGCGUGAUGAGCCAAGUAGCCUGAGCUUGUUGCUGAAUGUUUCUUUAAGAUGAAAAUGCAUGGCAACUGAACACUGAGCAGGUUUGUGUUGUUAGACAGUCACUGUUCUAAUCUGACUUGUUUUUGUACAGCUUCAGUUCUGUAAAAAAAUAAACUAUUUAUUGCAAUAA